UCUCUUUAAUUGGAAACAUCUCCGGGUAAAAAAAAAAAACUCUAUUUAAAAAAAAAAAAACUUCUUGCACUGUAUUUCUCUUCUUACUCCUAGGUCUUACAAUAAUAAUAAUAAAAAUUAACAAUGGCACCUGAUUUGAAAGAAUAUGAUGAAGAGCAAGUCCGUCUCAUGGAAGAAAUGUGUAUCGUUGUAGAUGAGAACGAUAAACGUAUUGGAGCUGAUUCCAAGAAGACCUGUCAUCUCAUGAGCAACAUUGAAGCUACUAAUCUUUUACAUCGUGCCUUCAGUGUCUUUUUGUUUGAUGAACAAAACAGACUUUUGCUCCAACAACGUGCCUCUGAGAAGAUCACUUUUCCCGAUAUGUGGACCAACACUUGUUGUUCUCACCCUUUGAAUAUGGCUUCCGAAAUCAUUGAGGAAGAUCAACUCGGUGUUCGUAAUGCUGCUCAACGCAAGUUGGAUCAUGAACUUGGUAUUAAGGCUGAACAAGUGCCCCUUGACAAGUUUAAAUAUUUAACAAGAAUCCAUUAUUUGGCUCCUAGUGAUGGACAAUGGGGAGAACAUGAAGUGGAUUAUAUCCUUUUUAUCAAGGCAAAUGUCACUUUGGAUGUCAGUCCCAAUGAAAUUCGUGACAUCAAGUAUGUCACACCUGAAGAACUCAAGGCAAUGUUUGCAGAUCCUAAUGUUCCCAUGACACCUUGGUUCAAGCUUAUCUGUAACUCAUUCUUAUUCAAGUGGUGGGCUCAACUCGAUACCAUUGAGAGCGUUGAAGCUGAUAACACUAUCCAUCGCUUAGGCUUCUAAAAAAAAUAAUUAAUCACAUUUUCAUUCAUAAUAAUAAAAAAUCUGCCUCCCACGUGCAAGCACGACUAAAUAAGGUUUUGGCCCCUUUA